AUGCCGCCAGCGGCCUUCUCGCCUAGCGCCGCCGCCUACCAUGCCUUCGUCUCUAGAUCCCCAACCAACCCGAAGACUAGUGCCUCCAUCGGCCGGGCCGCUGCAGAUCCCCCAACAACAACCCAUGGGAUCCGGCGCCACGUUGACUGGUUGUCGGCCAGCCCAUGCGACCCCUCUCCGCAACCUACGCCGUCCUCCCCGCCACACCACCCCGUAGGUCCCCCCUCCACCCCACUUCAUCUCUCCCCAGCCCCGUGCGCCACAUCAGGACACGCGCCUCCUACCGGCUGCCGCUUGGAUCAAGGUGACCCGCGGGUGGUCAAGAUGCGGCCAGAUCCCUGCGUGACCUGCCGGCCAACUACCCCUGCCGCCUUGGCCCAGCCCCUCGGGACUACACCUGCAUGGGCAUCUCCUGUGCAGCGGACGACGCUUCCCUCCGGCGAACUAGCCCCGACGCUGGGCGCCGGCCAGCCUGCAUCACCGUCGCCGGGGCAACGCUGA